AUUAAUCACAACCGUGAAAAGAUGGCGAUAUACGCAUACCUUCUUGUUUUGACACUACAUCUUACUACUGCUUUCCAGCCAGAAAUCUACUAUGUAUCGUCUCAAUGCAGUCAGACUAUUUUCGUGACGUCAGCCGUUCGACUUGUGCUGGACAGUUACGCCUGGCCUGCGCAGGUCGAGUGUGAGGUUCACAUCAAGGGCAACAGCGGCUACUACGGCAGCGAGCACGUGUCCGUCAGGUUUCUCAACCUCAACCUCGGCGGCACCUUCGACUGUUCGCGGGCUAAAGUCGACAUACUCGAUACCUAUGGGAAUGUUCUGACGCCGAGUGAAGGCGUCUGCGGUACUAUUGUACCAUUCGGCCAACCAUUCGAGUCUAGCGGCGACACCAUCACCGUCAAGUUCUCGAGACAAAGACAAGUAAUUCAAGAUGGUAGCUUUGAUAUCCUCGCCACGGUUAUUAGGUACGGUGAGUGCGACGACAACGGUGAGUUUGAGUGCACCAACGCCAAGUGCGUGGCUGACGUCGUGGCGUGCGACUCGUACAACAACUGCGGCGACAACUCAGACGAGACGAUCGGCUGUCUCGUGUCCGUCGGCGUCGUCAUCGGUAUCGUAUGCGCCGUCCUCUUCGUCGUCAUCGUCAUCGCAGCCGUUGCAGCCGCUGUCUACAGACGACGGACGUACGGACGUAUACUGUGGGGGUCACCCACACACUAUGGAGUAGGAGGGCGCACCACCCACGUCAUCAAAGCCCCUCCGUACACCACACAUCCCCCACCAUAUCAAAAAUAGUACUCAUCAUUAUGACGUCACAGAAGGAUUUGCUUCAACUGAUUCUGCAAUCUAAGAAACGUUUUUCAUUGGUGACUAUUACAAGUGUCAUUGUUGUACUGUGAAAGUAUAUAAAAGCUAAGCAUUUCUUAUUAAACUGGUAUUAACACAAUUAAAAGGUAAAUUUUUAUUUAUUUAUUUCUCACUGGAAACAUUUGUAACAAUAAAUAUUCACGACCAAGAAA